AUGUUUGGACAUAGCAGAAGUACUCAUAAGCAAUGUCUCGUGAACCAAAAGAACAUUUCUUUCCACAUUUCUCAAAAGAAACCUAAUAUAGAUAAAUAUUCUACAGAAAGUAGCCAAAAAAUAGCUGCUGCCUUGAGAAUAAGAAGUGAGCCUGUCCAAGACCAAAAUUUGGACACAGAAAUAUUGACUUCUAUUUCAGUUUCUAAAUUGACUGAAUUUCUACUCGCAAAUGAGACUAUUACUGAAGUUCUUGAAGCAGUCAUGGAAAAAGAGAUUGAGGAGACUUCAUCUAAUAAAGAAGUGGCUGGAAGAGAAGAAGAAGACGAGGAGAUUUCAACUGUGAAUAGAGGAUUAAUUCUAUUCCAUUGUUGUCACUGUAACAGAACUGAUCAUUGCCAAAUUACAAACAGAUUCUGUCCAAACAAUAACAGUAGCAGAGCAAAAGGAUCUAGAAAUCAAGACAGAGACUUGAAUAAUAUUGCCUGA